AUGCUGAAACUGGCACAGAUCUGGAAGAAACAUGGCGCAAGCUGGCAGUCCCGGUUUCCCUGGCUGUGCGCAGAGGAGGGCGAAGACGGCAACAUAUCUGGCCUCGGCUGUGCAAUCUGCCGAGAGCAACCGCAGCAGAAUGCCUUUGCAUCUUGCGCUGUCGGUGCAUCAUCAGCUCAGACAUCCGUGUUUCAAAAACACGAGAAGUCAUCUGCACAUCAGAUGCGCGCCGAGAGUAUGGCUGGUGAGCUAGGGGUUCCGAUCGCAGCACCGUCCGAACGCCAAUUCGCAGACGUGCUGGAUUCCGUCUUCAAGGGCGAUCCGGAAAUCAAAGAGAUCGGGCCUUCCAAGUUCAGAGCCAUGGUGUGGAGCCUUGCGGAGGCUCACCGGCGGGAACUUCGCUCACGCCUGCGCACUUCAAUCUGCAUGUCUUUGCAGCAGGACGUUCGAGCGGGCCAGCUCCUUGUCACCUUUGCGUCGGCGAAUGAGCAGCUCGAGCUUACAACAGGUGUCCUAGGGCAAGUCAGCUUGCCCGAGCGCUUCGGGGGGAAUUCGAAGGACAUUUUUCAAGCAAGCGCAUACGUGCUGAACAAGUUCACCACCAAGAACCUUGGGAAACCGGGCCGGGACGGGCAUUCCAGUGGGGCGGAGCUAGAUGAACAAUUGACUGCCCACAUCCGAGAUGUCGUCGAGCUGUAUGCAGCUGACGGCGCUUCUGAUGAGCAGCGUGCCAUCAAGCUUCUGCCGGCGUACUUCGGUGGGCUCAAGGUCAUGCACUUUGAUAAGGCACAUGCCUGCCAGCGGAUACUGUCGCGCACCUGGCCGUGUGAUCCGUACAUCAACGAGUUGAUCGAGAGACUUGUCACAGGGCCGGAUGCCUUGACAAUGAAGAUCAGGCACAGCUUGGUCUUCAGGAAACGCUUCCAGACGGCUAUCAGUGACCUGUCGCCAGGGCAAGCUCGGAAAAUCAAGAACUUGGCUUGCGCUAAGCAUCGCUACCUGAGCAAGUCUUUGCCGUUCAGGCGUUGUGUUCUCUUCUUCAAGCCGCUUCUGCGGGUGGCGCAAGCUAUCUUGCAGGAGCGAGGCCGCGCGUCGGAAGAGGGCCAGAUUGCACGACGCUGGCUGGAGCGUGUGACGCCCGAGAGUGUGCUUCAAAUUGCGCUGGUUGCAGAUGCGAGCGACGAAGCCAGGAGUGUCAGUCAGUUCUUUGAUGCAGAUAAUUACUCGAAAGCUGAGAUGACUGCGCAUGUCAGCAAGUUCUUGUGCAAGGUGACCUGGCUCUUUGAAGAUUCCCAAGGAGCAAAGCAGACCGGCUUCACUCGCUUCAUGCUUGACCAGCUGCGUACUCCCGUCAACAUCAGUGUCGACGGACACAUCCGGAGCGUGGGGGUGCCUUCAGAUCAGGAGAUGACACGGUGCUUCCAACGCAUGGUCAGCUGGUUGCAGCUGGUGCGCCUCACGGUGAAAGCCGAAUUGCCAAGCUUCGAAUCUCUACAAGCCUUCCGGAUAUUUGAUCUAGACGUCAAUCCUUCGGCCAAUGAUCUCAGACGCUUUGCCAACAUGCUGGACUUGGAUGCAGAGGCUUUCAGAGCCGAGUUUCACGAUCUGCGCCCCUCUGCGGACUGGCAUUACCGCAACGGCUGCUCUUCUUCUCAGGCCGCGUGGCUGGCGGCUGUACAGAAGACGAAAGGAACCAGCAAACUGAUGGUGACCGCCUUGGCUAGAGACUUGGCCUGGCAGGCCAAUACUUGCGGAAUCGAGCGGAACUUUUCGAAGGCUCUUGUGUCUACCUCCCGCUGCCGUGCUGAUGUAUCAGAGCCCAGGCUUGAUGACGAGGUGCAGCUCAUCAGCCUCUGCCAGCAAUCACGUGGAAAGGCGAGGGCGUUGCCAAAGCAUGCGAAGCUCAUCGAGUCCGCCAGGCUCCUGUGGAGCCAGGAGUUUGGUGCUCCGCGAGAGCGUCGCCCCUUGGCGCCUCAUGAAAAAGGCCUUCGAAAACGCCUCACGGACGGCAACUCGGAGGCGGCUUUUCUCAAGAAGCGUCCGGGCCAGAUUUCUUCAAGCGAUCCGCGAGGGAGCCGUGCCCUGGGCAGAUCUCAGUGCUCCUUUGAGAGAGCUUUACUUGCGGUUCGAGGAGCAUGA